GUGUUGGAGAGGAAAAUGUCGACUCGUCAGAGCAGAGAGGAGCUCAUCAAAAAAGGAGUGCUGAAGGAGGUUUAUGAGAAAGACGGCUCUGUGACGCUACGUGAGGACGUGAAGAUGGAGAACGGCCCGUCAGAGUCUGAAGGUGCAGAGCAGAUGGAAGGAGCCGCUGCAGCUGUAGGCUUUCUGGAGGUUCAGAUGCCCAGUGAAGGUUUGGGUCAACAGGACCACGUUCAGAAAUCCACUAAGAAGCCCACUGUGUAUCCUGCUGACAGCGCCGAAUCAUCACCACUGUCAAGACCUCCAACGCUACACAAACAACCUCCUACACCACCGCCCAAACCCUUCAACAGGCUACCCAAUCACAUAGCAGACGGCACCCCGGUGAAGUUGCCGUGCAUGUCAUCCAAGUUUUCUCCUCCUCUACCUCCAAAGAAGUUCCUGAUCUCCGUACCUGCAGGGGGCAUGGAGCCAACUCUGCUCGCCUUCCAGAAGUGCCCCCCUCCCAGCCAUGUGGUCGGGCACUCCCUACAGUACGGGGUGCUCCACCCCCCCAGGCGGAUCAUAGAGGAGCUCAACAAGACCCUGGCCCUCACCAUGCAGAGGUUUGAGAGCUCCAUGAUGCACUCUGUUCCCGCGGUCAUGAUCGAGUGCAACGACGACAAAGAAAACCUGCGCAACGAGGGGGUCUAUGACGACCUGCCUGAGGAGGAAGAAGAAGAUGACGAGGAGGAGGAAGAAGAUGACGAGGAGGAGGAUGAAGAAGACGAAGAUGACGAGGAAGAUGAUGAUGAUACAAUGUUUACAAGCACACUGGCCAUGAAGGUGUUACGAAAGGACUCUUUAGCCAUCAAGCUGAAUAACCGUCCAACGCUGAGGGACCUGGAGGACAAAAACAUCCUGCCCAUGCAGUCGGACCAACAGAGAUACGAGUCUCGACAACAGACGGCCACCAAACUGACCAGACGAUUAAGUCAACGGCCGUCAGCAGAGGAACUUGAGCAGAGGAAUAUCCUCAAACCUCGCAACGAUAUCGAUGAACAGGAGGAGAAAAGGGAGAUCAAGAGACAUCUGUCCAAAAAGCUCAGCCAGAGGCCCACAGUGGAGGAGCUGAGGGAGGCAAAGAUCUUGAUCCGCUUCAGUGACUAUGUGGAGGUCGCUGAGGCUCAGGACUACGACCGCCGAGCCGACAAGCCGUGGACCCGGCUCACUGCUGCUGAUAAGGCUGCCAUCAGGAAGGAGCUGAAUGAGUUUAAGAGCACAGAGAUGGAGGUGCACGAGUCCAGCCGUCACCUGACCAGGUUUCAUCGGCCGUAAGAUGGGUCAGUCUUGUGCUUUAUACUCACACACCAUGCCUCAAGUGUCCAGACUGCCACCCUCACACUGACGGACUGUACCUGAACGCAGCGUGUGCUGCGGCCGUCACAGGAAACACUUCAAGUACAAAUGGAACAAACUCUCACCUGGAGUCUCUCAACAGUGGCGAUUUUACACACUUCUUGAUAUUCAAUAGAGCUUCAUUUAUUUUAAGAUGAAGCCGAAACUUGUUUACUUUGCAGCACUUUUGUUUCUGAACAGGGCACUUGAAAUGAAACACAGAAUCUGUGCCAAGGAGCUGAAGAAAGGAAUUUAUUUUUAACACAUGGAUUGUUUUCUUGCCUUUCACCAUAAUGUCACUCCUUAAAUGGACUUUAUAUCCUUUGGGUUUGUGUUGGCAUGGUAUUAUUCCACAGAAGACAUCUCAAUGGGGCGGCUGUGGCUCAGUGGAUAGAGUGCUGGACUUCAAAUCAGGGGGUAGCAAGUUCGAGUCCCACUGCAGUCAGCAAGUUGUUGUGUCUCUGGGCAAGACACUUCACUCCAAAUUGUUCCUGUGGGGAUUGUCCACAGUAUUGAGUAUGUAAGUCGCUUUGGAUAAAAGCGUCUAACAAGUAACAUGUUAGUGAUCGUUUCACAUUUUGCCAGAGGAAUUCAUAUCUGUAGGCAGCUGCAUCUUAAGCCAAAAUGACCUAAAAUAUAACAAUUAUCUUUUCAAGACAGUAACAGAAAAAAAUGUAAAACACAUUAACUGAGCAAUAACUUCACAGCCUGAUCGUUUUUUGUGUUAAUGGACUGCAUUCAAGAGCUCAAAAUGUGUUCACACUUUUGAUCCCCACUUGACUUCCUGUUGAAGUUGCGAUCUUGAAUGCAUCCCAGAAUGACUGCUGUUGAGAGUUCAGUAACUCACUGUGUCACUGUGCCUACAGUAUUGUUUACAGGGAUUUGAACGUUGCCAAAUUAACUUGUUUCGUUGACACAGUAAAAAGUUGCAGAACUUCAAAAAAACAGACUUUCUUUUUUUAUUGUCAGUCAAAUCUUUGGUGGCACAGAAAAGGAAAACCUGCCAGCUUACUUUUUAUGGUUUUGGUCCACAUUAGAUAAUUGCCAGUUUUGACCUUAUUAUCGGGAGGACUUGAUCUGUGAGUGAGUGUGUCAGUACGAGCGUCGGUAAUAUUACUGUCUCUUGUACGUUUAAAACUGUUCUCAGAAUUCUAAGACUUGUAAAUAGCAAAGAAAGUAAACAAGACUUUUCAAAUGUUUUUUUGUAAAGCAGAACAACUGCAUGUGGGUAUUAAUUUAUUGUCUUCUAUGAUGUAAGCUGUUUCUUAAAGAAAGAAACUUAUUAAAGAAAAUAAGUUUA